AAACAAAGAAAUGUACAUCAAUCAACACACAAAAGAGUGAAAGCGUCAACAAGUAAAUGGUCAACGUUGGCGUCUUCAAAUUCCGAUGUCCCGAGAGACCAUCUCUCUUUCUUUUCUCCUAAUAAAACCACAAAACCUUCCUUCCUUUCACCCAACUUUCUAUCUCUCAGUUCUCACUCCGGAUCCGAAUCAUGAGCUUAAGAGACCCGAAUCCAGUAACUAACACACCCGGAUCCUUUUCGGAUCCUGCCGGGUUCGCUAUAAACACCAGAAUCAUGCUCACCGCCAUAAUCAUAAUCAUAUUCUUCGUCCUUCUCAUGGUCUCUCUUCACCUCUACUCUCGUUUCUACCUCCACCGCUCUCGCCGUUUCCAUAUCCGCCGCUUGAACCGCACUAGACGCGCCGCCGCCGCCAUGACCUUCUUCGCCGAUCCUUCCACCUCCUCCGCGGUCGCCACUCGCGGCGGUCUCGACCCCUCCGUCAUCAAAUCUCUUCCCACUUUCACGUUCUCCGCCGCAACCGCCGCGAUGAUCGAGUGUGCGGUUUGCCUCUCGGAGUUUGAGGAGAGCGAACCGGGUCGGGUUUUGCCCAGUUGCAAGCACGCGUUUCAUGUUGAGUGCAUUGAUAUGUGGUUUCACUCUCAUUCUUCUUGUCCUCUAUGCCGAUCGCUCGUCGAGCCUAUCGCCGGAGGAGUAAAAACUGCGGCGGAGGAGGUAGUCGCAAUUUCGAUUUCUGAGCCGGUUUCAGGUGACGACACAAACGACGUCGUAGAAGCUGAGACUUCUGAUCGUGAAGACUCCGGGGGAAAAUCAGAUAACGAGUUGACUCUGAGUCACUCGUUUAGGUCGCGGGUGAUAUCUUCCACGUGGAUUUUCAGCAAAGAACGGAGAAGCGCUUCUUCUUCUUCGUCUUCUCUCGGGGUUCAGCGGGUCUGUAGCAUGCCGGUGACGGAGUUAGAUAUUGAGGCCGGAGGAGAAGAGGCUCGUUGACUUUAAGACACGCAAUGUUACUGCCACGUGGACGUGUAUGAUUUGUUUCGAGUGUUUCUUUUAGUUUAGAGUUAAAGAUGCAGAGAUAAAAUAAUUCUUCGUUACUUUUCAGUUCUGGCGUUUCCGAAAAGGGUUAAUGUAGAUUUCAUUGUUUAAUGAGUUUGGACACGUGACGUAAUCUGAACUGUCUUUUUCUUGGGACAUUUAAAUGUUUUACUACUACUCCCUAAGUAGUUUAGACUAAUAAAACUAUUAUCAACAAA